AAUAUGAUUGUUUGAGCUGAAAUCUGAAUUAAUCGUCUUCACAUCUAUUGGGAUGACUGUCAUAAGGUCGAGUAGGACCACAAAAUAUUGUCUUUUGCAAAAAUUAUUUAAACUUUUGGUCAUUUUAAUGUUGCAGCAGAUAUGUCACGGACAAGAAUUAACGUUGUUGAAUCUAAUGAAGAAUAUAUGAUGGAAGAACAGAUCGAACAUCAUAAUUCUGCUGCAAAAGAUGUCGAAUCAUCCGAUGUCCAUGAAAGAACUACUAAUGAUGAAGAAGGCUUCACAGAUUGUGAUGACGCUAGAGUGGAUGAAAACGAAGAUGCUGAAAAUGCAGAAACAAAAGAGCGUAAGAAGAGGAAGCUGAAAUACAUUUGGAACCUUCCAAAAGGGAAAAGGAUAAUGGUUCGCUGCAAUGAGAUAGAUCAGCCAAUUGGAAAAGAGGCUAAACAUCUUGGGGAUUUUCUUGGCUCAGUUGCAAGGAAUGGAUCAUUGUGUUGCUUGAGCUACAAGGACUGGAGAAUGCUAAAAACUAAAACAAAUGUAAAGGCUAUACUAGAUCAAGUGAAGAUGAGGUUCCUUUACCCUCCUCGCAUGGAAAAAUAUAUAUUGAAGGUAAUUGGAGAUAGAUGGAGGCAACAUAAGUCCGAUCUGAAAGCAAUGUAUUUUGAAGAGAAAAAAAGCACCGAAGCCAAUUACAAUAAUAAACCAAAAUCCGUGACUCCGGAUCAGUGGAGAUCUCUAGUUAAUCAUUGGACAACCCAGAAAGCGAAGGGGAUUAGUGCUAAAAAUAGAAAUAAUUGUUCAAUGAGGAAGUCUACACAUACUAGUGGGACAAAAAGUUUCCCUCGUAAGAGGGAAGAAAUGAAAGAUGCAGAUCCUGAAAAGAAGUACCCUCAUAGGGCUCACUUGUUCAUGCACACGCACAAGCCAAAAACUUGCAAGAACAAAAUCAUUAAUGCUCAUGUGGAAGAGUUGAAAGAUAUUAUGGACAAGAACCCUGAAUUAGCAGAUAACAGCGGUGGAAAGACUGCAUGGAAAGGAGAUGCGUUGAACAAAGUAUUAGGGGAUGACAAGCCUGGCCAUGUACAUGGUUUGGGACUAGUUCCAAACCCAAAAAAACUUUUUGAUGUUUCCACUUCACGUGUAUUCCAGAAUACACAUUUUACUUCGGUGGAGGAUACACCAAAUGAAGAUAUGCUAGCUUUUAGAGUUGAAAUGGAAAAACUAUACCAAGUAAAUAAAAAUCAGGAUGCUAAAAUUAUGGAACUAGAGGAGAAGCUGAGAAGAAUGGAAAGACAACCAAAUCAGGAAAUUUCAGAUCCCAUGGCUACAAUUGGGCUUGAACCUUCGGUUGAUGGACACAACUCAAACAGAAAAAGAGUGCUUGCUCCUCCGGUUGAUGGACUCCAACUUGUUAAAAAACGAUCAAAUAAUUUACAGAACAAGCCAAGUGGAUCAAACAAUGCAGAUUUGCAACCAUCAAACAAGAAUUAUGUUUCAGAUAAGAACAAAGAAACUAUGGUUCAUAAUGGUGGCAGUGCACGACAACUAGAAAAAUGCUCUACUACACACAAGAAUGUUGUCCAGAACCAAGAAACUCCUCAUAAUUUCAGUGCUCAGCAAGGGGAAAUAAAUUCUGCUACACAUAAGAACAAAGAAACUUCUCUUGAGAAUGUUAGUGCACGUCAGGGAGAUAAAAAUUCUGCUGCAAACAAACGGACCAAAAAAACAACAAAAGGUGCCAAUGCAAGCAGUAAGAGUGCUCAAAGUGGUUCGCUGAGCUGGUUGGGUGCCAGUGAAUUACCUGCAGGAACUGAAGUAUUCUUGAAGAGCCUGAAAAACCAUAACAAGGAUGUAGCUCUUGCUACAAUUGUAAGUUGUGAUCCAAACUUUAAACUUGAUGGUGAUGAAAUUAGGAAUGAAUUCUGGGCGGUGCAUGUUGAUAUGGCACUUGUGAAAACUGAAAAUUUGGUACGGAGUCGCAAAAACUGCACUACUCUCGGCAAUGCAGAAAAAACAAAGAUUGCAUGGCCCUCAACCUUUAUUCAAAAGAUAAAUGGAUGAGUAUAUGGGUGGGUGGCAAGUGUACUGCAAUGAUGAUGUUGAUAUUCUGCUUCAUGAUGGCGACGAUGAUGGAUGCUUUCAGUUUUAGUUAUGUUCUCGGGAUGAUGUUCCUGUUGGAUGUUGUUCCUCGAUUAAGUUUUAGUUAAGUUGUUGGGAAGUUGAAUGCUUUGGUUUAAGUUUC